UGCACUUCCCAGGCUCUCUCUGCCUCUUCCUGUCCCUCUCUCUUCCCCUUCUUUUCUCCUUGGCCGGUCUGGCGGCACAGGCAAGUUGACAGCUUCACUAUGGAUCCCAAGGAGGCCGGCAGGAGUGAGAAAGAGAAGGAGAAAGAGAAGGAGAAAGUGAUAAAGAGGAGGAACCGGCCUGUGUUUCUGCGGUACCUGGAGAGGAGGAAGACGGACACUAUUGUAGCAGAUGACACGGCCAAAGGAGACAUCAACCUGGGGACACUGGUGAGGAGGAGUCAGUCGGACAAGACGGAGUACAGCGCCAAACUUAAAGAGAAAAUGACACCGCACGACCUGUCCUCCCCCUCCUCUCCGGCCUUGGACCCUGAGGAGAUUCGUUUGAGGAAGAUGAGCCGUAGGGCAAAGGUCAUUCAGGAGUUGGUGCAAACGGAAAGGGACUACCUCACAGACCUGGAGCUGUGCAUCAGAGAAGUGGUCCAGCCUCUUCGAAACAUACAGGUGGUAGAUGUGGACCGCCUGUUCACCAACAUGGAGACAGUGUGUGAAGUGUCAGCAGCACUCCUUCACAGAUUGCAGGAGGCCACAGCUGAACCCGAUCCAGAGGCACUUGUCAUUGGAGAUGUAUUCAUCCAGGCCAAGGCAGCUUUGGAGGAUGUCUAUAAGAUUUAUUGCUACCAUCACGAUGAUGCCAACUUAUUGCUCAAAUCCUAUGAGAAAGAGGAAGAAAUAAAGCAGCAUUUUAAGACGUGUGUGUUAGCUCUGAAGAGAAUUUAUGACCAAGAAGGGAAACCCAAUUUGCUGGACAUGGGUUCACUUCUCAUCAAGCCGGUCCAGAGGAUCAUGAAGUACCCUUUGCUGCUUGGGGAACUGUGGCAGGCCACACCUGAUGAUCAUACUGACAGUCAGCCCCUACAAGAGGCGUUCACUGCCGCCAAGAUAAUCAAUGUUAACAUCAACGAAUUCAAGAGACGGAAGGAUAUUGUAAUGAAAUAUAAGAGAUCAGAAGAUGAAGGCACACUGAGGGGCAAACUGAACAAGUUCAACAUCCACUCCAUCCGGAAGAAAGGUGACAGGUUCGCUGGCUAUCUUAAGAUCUUAACUGGAGUCGAACCGCAGGUGAGAGAUGAGGCAUUUGACAAAGAGGAGAAGCUGUUUAGGAGUCUGGAGAAGGCUGUUCGACAGCUGGUCAAGAAUGUCCAAUUUUACCUGCAGCACACCCAGGAGAUGGUGUCAGUGGCUGUGCAAAGUGUGCAGGACAUGGAGAACAUCAUCAAGGAUCCAAACAAAAUUGACACAAAUGGCUCACUGCACAGUAAUGGCAAUGACCCAUACAAGCACUUUAAAGACCGCAUGGAGCGCUUGGUCUUCGCCCCCCUCUGCUCCCUGCAGGGCAUGUUUGCUGCCCCGCAGAAGCUCAUCCAGAAACGUUAUGAUAAACUACUGGAUUACUGCAGUCGUCUGGAACGCUCCUCCUCCGUUUCUUCCUUGUCCACCUCCUCUUCCUCUCCCUCACUGGUGUCAGAUGACCAGGGGAUGGCCAGGAGGGACUAUGAAGCUCUCAAUGCCCAACUAGUGGAGGAGUUACAGAGGUUCAACAUGGCUGCCUAUACCAUCCUGACCAAUUGUGUUGUGUAUCUAGUGGCACUUCUCAAAGGAUUGAUGGGUGAAGCCCUACAUAGAGCUCCAUCUAUACAGCAGCUACCGGCUCCACUGUCAAACAUCAAUGAAGUGCAGAACAGCAUCAUGGAUGAGCUGAACAAUCUGGCAUUUGUCAGAGACAACACACAGAAGCUAAUGGAGCGCAAAGUCAGCUUUGAGAGACAACGAGACAAAAAAAUGAUGGUGCCAGAGGUGCAGCAUCAGACUGAGGAGGAGCGAGCCUGGCUGUUGGCAGAAUACCCGGCCAGUCGUCUGUACCUGCUGAAGAGGAAGUGUAAUGGCUGCCAGGAGCAGGACCUCAGCCUGCUGGAGGGAGAGCUGGUGGCCCUGCUGGAGGACAGCGACCCGCUGGGCAGCAGCAGCCGCUGGCUGGUCCACACUGGAGGUACCCAGGGCUACGUCUACUCCACAUUCCUGAAGCAGUACAACCCCCUGAGGGACUUGCACCUGGCAGGGCAUGCCUCUGCUGAGCAGCAGCAGCAGCAGCCUGUCAUGGUGGAUGAGGACUUCGACAACCUCAGCCUGUUUGUGUCGGGCAGCGGCAGCAGCAGCCUGCGCAGCUUCAGCCUCAACACCACUGACAGCCCCUCAACCCCCUCUGGUCUACAGGGGGAGCUAGAGAGCUCCCAGGAGAUGGAUGACACACUGGACACAGAAGCUCAGCAGUUUUACGCUGUGUAUGCAUUUCAAGCUCGUUGUGAGCAGGAGCUGACCUUACAAGAGUACCAGCAUGUACGCAUCCUCCAGUUCAGUGAUCUGGGAGGCAACAAGGACUGGUGGUUAGCUGAGGCUAAUGGACAGAAGGGCUACGUCCCUGCCAACUACCUUGGCAGGAUGUCCUAUGCAUGA